AUGACCUCAUUCUCUGGCUGCAUUUCCUAUUGCACAGCCCGUUUUCAAAAAGAAACAAGCAAGCUUUUCAGCAUCUCCCCUUCUUUCCAUCAAAGUUCCCUUUGCUCUUCAGCUGCAGGAAGCAUCAUUAACAGGCACUGGACAGUUACAAUCUUCUACAGUGAAAGUCUAAUUCUGCAGAUGGAGAAACAGCUGGUUUACUUCUGUAGCGGGGAAGAUGGCUUUACCAGUUAUUCAGAUGCCAAUCUGGAUCAUGGAUGUUGCUCCGUCAAUCCAUGCAUGGGCUGUGCCCUUGUGUGUCGCCGGAGUCCGCGGCUGUUAACCAAUGGCUACUACGUUCUCACAGAGGAUAGUUUUCUGUCUGAUGAAGAGGGGAAUAUCACACUGAGCCCAUCACAAACAAGUGUCACUUAUAAAGAAAAGUUGGUUAGAAUAUUUCGGAAGAGAAGGAAAAUCCGCAAGUCUCUUGUUAGUCUUUUCAAUAUUGCUGCUUCUAAUCCCUGGAUGAAGAGCACUGCUAUAGAGUCGCCUCAUGUGGAGGACACUUGGUCUGAAGAAGGCAGCAAGACGGAUUACCUUUGGGAUUAUGAUAAUGCUGACCACGUUGACCAUGGUAUUGCUGAUGCUGCAUUGGGACACACACCUCAAAGGGCAGAAGGACAUGGUGCAGCUCCAGGCAGAUUCCCUCCUUCGAAAGUUCUUCCUUUUGCAAAAUCAAGGCAGCAACGCCACUCUCCUUGCAUCUUUCCUUUGGCAGAAGAAGCGUGCUCUUGUGAAAAAUCAUUCAAUUCUUCCGAAUCUAUUGUAAUAAGAAAUGAGCUCUACCCCAUGAUCCUGCUGUCCAUGUGUUUGAUCAUUUCUCUUUGUGUAAGGUUCUUCUUGGGAGUACUCCUUCCUGCUCUGCUAACUUGCUCACUAUUGAUCAUCAUUUUGAUUUGUUCUCCUACGGUUUUGUGCAAUUCCCCUGUCAAUACCAACUAUGGUCAAUCUGUAGAGCCAGCGUGAGAUAGUCAUCACAUCCCUUCAGAAUCUCAUUUAUUUUCAUAUUAUUCUGGAAUCUUUUCAGUGGAAACAUUGUUAAAAAGCCAUUUCACAAGCUACAAUUUUGAUAAGAACUUUCACACUAUAUUCACUAUAAUAUAUAACACAACAUAACACUUUAUUUAUAUUCCAUUCUGUCUCCCCGAGGAGACUCAGAGCGGAUUACAACAUACAUGGAUAGGCAACCAUUCAGUGCCUUUAAUAAAUUGAAAUAACAAUGACACACUGAUAAGCAGAACAGAGGUAAAGAUUUCCCCUUUCAUCUCCGGUUUCUGGAGGCGGUGCUCAACUCCGGAAAUGGGGAAGUGCUCUUUUCCCAUUUCCAAGCUAAGGAGCCUGUUGUCUGUAGACACAUGGCUGCAAGGGUGCCUUUAUUACCUGCCCGCCGAAGCAGUACCUAUUGAUCUACUCACAUUUGCAUGUUUUCAAACCACUAGGGCCAACAGCGGGAGCUCACCCUGACCUGCAGUUUUGAACUGCCAACCUUUAGGUCAGCAGAUUCAACAGUUUCACCCAUUGUGCCACUGCAGCUCCAGCUUGGAGAAGCCAUUCUGUCUUAUUUAAAAAGCCUACUUCACAAGAACGUUGUAAGAUUAAAUGACCACUCGAGGAAGAAAAGAAUUCACAUAAUUAAUAAAUAAUGAUGCCAAGCAUACAGUCCAGCUUUGCCAGGGGUUACCCUAUCCCUAGGCUAUUACGUUUUCAAUGUAGAGAAGAUCAAGGUUUUUGUAUUAUUUAUCUGUUAUACCUAUAAUUCCAAGGAAGGGCAGAUUUUUAAGGUAUGAGAAAUCUACAUUUGAACAUGUUACUAGAACCCCAGUAUCAGGUGAC